AUGGUGUACCAUGCUGUAACUGGGAAUUAUUGUAACAACAACAUGUAUCCCCCUAACGAUGAGGCGGGCCAGUGGUACAGAGGAAAUUACCCAAAUACCUGGGAAUUAGAAACUCCCUUUGAGUUUAGUAAUGUUUUACACAAUGACAGCGUGGAUCAGCGAGGGCCACAAACCCCCUUAGACAACAUGGUGCUCAGCUCUCAGGGAUCGAUGAUGGGGGGAAUGGAUUCAGAUUUUCACUUUGGGGCCACAUCAGAUCGUGCGGUCUCCUCAAGUACAAUCACAGAUGCAAAGAAGAAAAAGGGUGUUGGAAUACCAGGAAAAAGUAUAGAAGAAGAACUGUGUCGAAUAUGUGGAGACAGAGCCUCAGGGUAUCACUACAAUGCCCUCAGCUGUGAGGGCUGCAAAGGAUUUUUCCGAAGAAGUAUUACAAGGGCAGCUAAUUACUACUGUAAAUAUGGAGGGAACUGUGAAAUGGAUAUGUGGAUGAGAAGGAAAUGCCAAGCUUGUCGCCUCAUAAGAUGUCGAGAAGUUGGAAUGAAAGAAGAAUGUUUACUGUCUGAUGAACAGUGUAAAGCGCGGGAUGCACGGCGAAAAUCAAAACAAACACGGUUCCAGAAAAAACAAGAAACUGUUAUUGUAGAAAAGCAGCAAUCAGAAUGUCCGUCUCCAAACAAAUACACCGACUUAGAACGGCAGUUAUCACCCCCUACUACACCAAAGGCAGCCCCUCAGCCAGGGAUGUCUCCAUAUAUGGUCAUUGACAAUCAGCCAAUCAUGAGCGUGUGUGAUGAUACCGCCAAGCUUAUAGAGAAGCUUGUAAAACUACAAGACAAGUACGAGUUCCCUGAGGAGAAAAAAAUUGAGACAGCAAUUGAUAUUGACCCAAAUGCUAAAGAAGAGUCCGGGGAACAUGUACUUGGUAGCCUGGCAAAAAUGACAGUUCUAAUCACACAUCUUAUUGUAGAAUUUGCAAAAAAUUUGCCUGGUUUUACACGCCUAGACAAAGAAGAUCAGAUUGUUCUGCUGAAGGCAGCGUCUAGUGAGGUGAUGGCGAUAAGAGCCAGUCGUUGUUACGACCCUGUAUCAAAGUCUAUAGUACUGGCUAAUGGAACACCUCUCACUCGGGAGAACAGUCUUGCUGUUGGACAACCCGAGCCCUAUGUUGACCUAGUUUUCAAGCUCUGUAAAGAUAUGGCAGAUAUACAAACAGACAAUGCUGAAUAUGCCCUCUUUACAGCCAUUUGUAUUUUCUCAACGGACAGACAAGGGCUAGGUAAUAAGGACUUAGUGGAACAGAUACAGAAGGUUUAUGUAGAUGCCUUAAAUGAGUAUGAGGCCAAGAAGCGAUGUCGAGGGGGCUGUGCCUUAGCUAAGUACCUUUUGCUCCUCUCAGAUCUGCGCAACAUUAGCCUUGAGCAUUCCAAGAUGCUAAAUGUGUUACCUAUAGAGGACAGUCUCAUGCCACCCGUCGUCAAAGACAUUUAUAUACAGAAUGAGAACUGCUGA